CCUCAGCGCAGGCCAAGGCUCCUUUCAGGCAACCACAGAAAAGGGUGAUGCCUUGGCUCGUGUUUUGGCUAAUAGCCCAGGACAUUGCAGGAUCCCAUGGAUGCCUGAAAUGCAAUGCAGAUGCCAUGGCAGUUGUGAAGGAAUUCAAAGAUAUCUACCUGGACAAGCAUCUCUUCUGGAACCCACAGCUCAAAGCAAAACUGAAGGCAGACUUGGAUAAUUUCUUAGAAGAGCUCCCUCAUCAGGAAAUCGAUCAAAAAAAAUACAUGGCUGUUAUUGGUAUGGUUGCACCCAUCCCAGUGCUCCUGCCUGGGAACCCAUGAUUUUGGGGGGUGAAUAUUAAGAAUUCCAGGGUCCAAAGGCACCACUCUGACCUCUGCAUCCCUUAAUAGGAUCUGCAUGCAUAUUUAUUUAUUUGCAUUGGAACUUUAAUUGUACAAGUUGUGGGCUGGAUAGCAUAUUAUCAUAUAAACUGCAUUAAUUGCCCUGCCCUUAGUAUUAAAAUGUUAGAGGUCCAGUCAACAAAACCUAGUAGCUUAUGGCAUAUCCUAGAUGCUACGAAAUAAAACAGAGUGCAGAAGGCAGUUUGGGCUGGGGACCCAGCCAAGAAUCAGCCUCAAAAUCUAGAACUCUGAGGUAAAUUAUUUCCUGCCAGGUAAGGCUUGAAAAAAGGUCUCCCUGACAGGUAACCUCACCCCCCUCACAGACACUCACUUCCCUAGGAAAGAAGGAUAUGAAUCAGCUAGGGUGACUUAAGCAAUAUAUUUUCAAUGUGUGUGUGUGUGUAAAACAGGACAGUGGAGAUUUAAUUUAAGGAGAUAAUGUGCCUACCCACCACCUGAAGUUUGGCAGGUAGAUAGGAGAUAGCAGAAAAAUUGUCAUCAAAAAAUCCUCCCUAGGCAGGCCCACCUGGCUUUUUCGUCCUUGAGCUCUUAUGGUUUGGCUAAAGAGGGCUAAUCCCACAGUUAAGCAGAGGGUGACUGAGGGAUGGAGUCCAGGUUGUGGAGGACAGAGACAGGUGCUUGUGGCCUGGCCUGCCAUGUGCCCCCUAAGCUAGUCUGUGGUAAAAAAAACUUUGUGUGUGGAACUGAGGAGAGCAGCCGCCAUACUGGGGCCGCCAUACUGGCCUUCAUCUCAGGCGAGAAAGUGUCCUGACUGAGGCCUUUGGUUUAGUAAAUUGACAAUUUGAUGACUGGUGGCCGUCACUGCUGAACUUUUAUUUUAUGGUGCUUUUGUGUGUGGCGUGCUUUCAAUCUGGGUUUAAAUCUUAUUGUUCUUCUCUUGAUGCUGUGUUCUAAAUCUAAUUUGGAGGAUUUCUAUUCUUGAAAGAAAGAUGGGGCGCCAAUCUUCUCUGGCAUAUUCCUACGCCUUUUAUUCGAGUCACAAGAAGUUAGCUGAGCUAUCGUUGAGUUCUUAUGCUCCUAUAAGAGGCCACAUGAUAGCAGUUUCAACAAUCGUGCUUGGCAUGGAAAAAGUGGAGGGACUUUCUUCUCCCUCUCUCCUAACUCAUGGACAUCCAGUCAAGCUGAAUGAUGGACUAGGUGAUCCACUGGAUCCCUUCCAACUCCACAAUUCAAGGAUUCUAAGUACUUCUUCACACAAUGCGUAGCUAAACUGUGGAACUUGCUCCAGCAGAAAGCAGUGACAGCCACCGACUUGGAUGGUUUUAAAAGAGGAUUAGAGAAAUUAAUGGAAGAUAAAGGCUAUCAAUGGCUGCUAGCCAGAACGGCUAUGUUCUGGUCAGCCACUGUGAGAAGAGCCACUGGUCUGAACCUGCAGGCAUAUGUUCUGCUCUUAUGUCUGUAUAUGCUCUUUUGUGUGAGCUGCCCUGAGGUUUAUUUUGAAGGACUGCAUAGAGAUUUGACUGAAUAAAUAUUGACUCCGGUGGGAUUUAACUCCCAGGUUUACAUGGGAUUGUAUGCAUAAUAAAUACAUAUUAACAUGCAGACAUACAGUAAUAGGGAGAAAAACAAUGGAAGGAAGAGGGAAACAAGCUGCGAUUGCUCUGAACAAAAACUCCAUGUUCAAAGGCAUUAUACAACUCUUAUCUGUGGAGGUGCCUGGCUUCUACAUCAGGCCCUGCAAGAAAGUUUUAUGGGGAAGGAGGCAGACAGCGCUCAGUGAUUCGCAAGGCAAUUAAGAAUAAAAAAAGAUGGAAUGAAGCUGGCUAUUCCCCCCCCCUAACUGUAUUCCUCCCACCUCUCUCUUCAGAUGACUUUUCACUGGCAGACUUAGGUGCCCACUUCAAACGCUGUUUGAAACACAUCAUGGAAAAUGAAGUUAAAGGUAGAGAUGUGCUAAAAUGAAUGGUAUCACAUGGCCAUCAGGAAUAUAUGACUGUUUUCUUCCAAAUGGCUGUAAUAUGUUGCAUGUAUGUCUAUUGGAAUGUAUUCAGCAAAGUGUCUGGUGCAGCCUCUGAAGGCAUGCUCCUCAAAUGUAGGUCAAGAUAGCUUUGCUUUGGCUGCCCGGCUCAUUCAUAUAUCUGGCUGAUUGUUGCCCAGUCUUUUACACUGUAAAUAUUUCAGCGCCUUUUACCUCACAAUCAACUAGGCGUCGCCAUCUGGUGGUUUCUUUAAUAUAGCGCACCGCUAUCUACUGGGUAGGUACUGUGUUGACAAAUCAGUCUAUGAGUGCUUCCAGAUGGGACUUUAAACUUCCAAGUGGGUUGUUCAUAACAUUAAAGACAAAUGCACAGAGGAUUUCCCACCAAAAGGGAACAUCUGAUUUAAACAGGGGAGAAAUGCAGGCUGGCAUCAUGGCCGUAGCAUUGAAAGUACUAAAUCAAUUUAGAUUCAGUUGCCCCCCCCAGCAGAUGACCCCCCCCCCCGAAAGCUGGCUCCCUGCAAUGGGGGUAUUUUUACCUGUGAUUUCCCAAAAGAAGCUCAACAACUUUGGCUGCCCACCUAACAAAACUCCUGGCUUCUUCUGAAGCUCAGAACAUUGUAUGGACACAGUAAACAAUGCGCAUCCACUAAGAGCUCCAAUCUCACAAUAAACACAUUCAUCAAAACUCUGCUUAUAGCCCAUUCCCACAAGAAUGGAGCGGGGUGUUAGCCUGCAUGUAUACAGACACCUCUUUGGAUUAAUUUUUGCGCUAUUCAGUUGCUCAUUUAAAUUGGCCUCACUUGCCCUCAUUGACACCAUCAUCCAGCCAAAUAUGAUUCAUUAUAUGGCCUCAUGACAUUAUAUUCACUUUAGGAUUCUUGAUUGGGUGGACUCACCCAUGUAACUACUCUGGAGGAAGGAGAAAGAAGCAGCACCUUGGGAGGGAGAGUGGCACCAGAGCAGUUGCCAAGGGAAACAGUGGAUCCGUAAAAUGACAAAUAGGCACACUGUCUUAAAAAAACAAACAACACUUUUAGAAUAAAUUUCCACUCCACAAGCUCUUGGCUCAAAAAUAAACGAAAUAAUGAUCCCAGUCCUAUUUCCCAUAAAAUAAAGGGGGGGAAUGUAAAAUGUGGCUCAACAGGUCAUGCUCAGAUACAUGCAUGUUUCUGAUCACAGUGGUUGACAGCAGGUUUGUUCAUAUUUAUGUAGCUCUGCUGCCUCCUAACUGAAUUAUAAUCCUGAAUUAUAUAGGCAAUAUAGUUGUUGGGCGCCCCUGCUGGAAACCCUGCUGUUUCUGUUGUUAUCUAGGUCUUUGGGGAGGAAUUUGGAACUGGAAGAAGCAUUUCCUUCGACUCUGCUCCUCCUGCAUGCUGUUAAACUUUGUUUUAGAGGAUAGAUUGGAUGAAAAACAUGAGGCGGGGAAAAAGCACAAAAUGGUGGUGUGUGUCAUGUAAACCACCCUGUGAUCUUCAGGGUGGCAUAUACAUUUAAUAAAUCAGAAGAAUAAAUAAACAAUUAAAAAAAAGAAAAACCCAACAAAAAUCUACAUUUUAAAAUGCGCAUUUCUAAACAUUCUGGCUUAUAUUGCACUCCCACUGUUGGCCCUUCCUCCUUUUCCGCAUCACAAUUCAUCAUGCAAAGGGACAGCCCCAGGGGUCCACACGGCAUGUGGGGGUCCCUGGGCCUGCUCCUCCUCUUCGUCAACUGCUUUCUUGUUUGCCCACAUCUCUCUAUGACAUAGAAGUGCUGGAAAGAGGAAGGAGGUCCACUGCCUGCCUGCCUUCUCCCUGGCUCUCUGCCUAGCAGGCAAGCAAGUGGUAGCAAUUCAGUGGUGGCCGGUGCCGUGUGGGACUGGUGGGCCAGAAGGCAAAGAGCCCAAACAGUAUGUGGAGGCAGAGCCAACUAGUCCUAGUUUUGUUCCCAUCGUCCUCCCAGCUGAGUUGCACAGGGACAGUGCUUGCACCAAGGGAGUAGGAAGCUGAUAUGCAGUGCCACCCACUGGAUUGGUUAUCUGUAAUGAAGGAAUGGGUUUCUGUGUAGUAAGUUUAAAAACUGACUCAACCCCCCCUUUUUGUUCUUUCAAAAGAGAGCACUUUUAAAUGUGUAAAACUUGAACUGUUGAGCAAAACCAUAAUAAGGACACAACUGCAUAAACAGUUCUGUCCUUUAUCAGGACAGGCAAGGGAUGGCCUUGGCUCUCCAGGGGAACAAAGAAAACACGUCAGAACUUUAUAUUAUGUGCUGACCACAAAAUACGCGCAAGACCAAUGUCCGGGAAAAACGCCAAAAGCGUGUUCCCGGAGAUUAUGACGUCCUCCCAGAUAAGAGUAGGAAGAGGAAGAUCCUUUUAUGGUCAGAAGUACAGGAAGGAAGACCCUUUUAUGGUUGAGAGUACCAGAGCAGGAACAUAUGUGAUGUCAACCUGCGUACAUAGGCUGACAUGGUUGGGCUCCUAGGGGAGGAGUGAGAGGGUGCCUGGAGGAUAUAUAAACUGCAUGAAACCUGUCAUUUCUUUGGACUUGCUGGGGACUAAUCACGCAAGUGCCUUCUGCUAUCCGGAGAGCAGAAUAAACUCUUUCUUUGAACCAACCUCGGUGUCAUUUUGACUUCCUUCCUCCUGUCCCGGAGCAACGCAGACCCAAUCAGUGAACUCCAAUAAGGCUACAGUAAGAAGACGGGAAGGCCUGGCAGAUUGAGGCUGGUAGGGCAGUGCCCCAUUAGCCUGAAUGGGCCAGCCUCCAUUGGCAGCAACCAUGGGGAAGAGGAGGAGGAGCUGGUGAACAUGACCGUGAGGAGGUCAGCUUCCUGACGGAGGGGGCCCCAGGGUGGGUGUCUUGUCCAAGGGCCCUGUGAAACAUGGAGCCCACCUAGACCUCCUGCUCUUACCGUUUGCUUUUCCUUUGCAGAGGCUCAGCUUCAUAAAGAGAUGGAUUCGUGUUUUCAGAAGCUACUGACUGUUUUUCACGAGCUAUUGCCCAGAGUUGCAACACGUAAGCUGUGCAUAGCUUGGCUGAGCCAUAUGGGGCGGGUGGGUGAAGGGGUUGGCAGGUGAGGCAGGCAAGGGUAGCAGUCCCUAGUUAGUAAUAGAAAAAUAAAAUGAAUAGUUGUAGAUAGGAGUUAUAUGGGACGUGGGUGGCACUGUGGUCUAAACCACUGAGCCUAGGGCUUGCCAAUCGGAAGGUCGACGGUUUGAACCCCCGCGACGGGGUGAGCUCCUGUUGCUCGGUCCCAGCUCCUGCCCACCUAGCAGUUUGAAAGCACGUCAAAGUGCAAGUAGAUAAAUAGGUGAGAAGGUAAACAGUGUUUCCAUGUGCUGCUCUGGUUUCGCCAGAAGCGGCUUAGUCAUGCUGGCCACAUGACCCGGAAAUACUGUCUGUGGCCAAACAUUGGCUCCCUCAGCCAGUAAAGUAAGAUGAGCGCCACAACCCCAGAGUCAUUCACAACUGGACUUGAUUGUCAGGGGUCCUUUACCUUUAGAUAGGGGUUAUAGGUCCUUCUUUCUCCCUUUGCACCAUACAAAUACCCACUCAUCCUCUGAAGUUAAAUAGAUGCUGACCGGAUCAGCUGUAAGGGAAGGUCUGCAGGGGCCAGUUCAAAAGUUGGCAAUCCUAACUGGGUUACUGACAAUGGUGUGUGGGCGGAAGGGGGUGUACAGACACACACAACUGCCAACUUCCUUCCUUCUUUCUCUUUGCAGAUCAUUGCAGCAAUGAAUGCGGUGAGUAAAAUGAACUUAGAGAGUUCAUUUUUAAAAGGAAUUAGUUCGACCUGUCCCCAAAGGAACUCAUUCUAGUUCACGUUCAGCCCUUUGAGAAAUGAACUAGUUUGGUUCACAUACAGUUCACAGUUCAAUUCAUGUCCAUCCACAUGAUUCUCUGUCAUUUUCUAACCCCUCAACAUUUAGAUAUUGUGUGUGUGUGUGUGUGCAUAGCCAAAGGCCUUACAGUGUACAGCAGAGAGCAAGGCAAGGCUUUCCUUUAAAAUCACACAACAUACCCUAUAAAAAGUUUACAGCAUAAAAAAUUAAAAUUAGAGAGCAUUAACAUAUCCAGAACGGAGCUUCUUAGCAGCCAGAGCAAAUUUGGCUACCAGGUGUGUAAUCUGUAGGUCUUUAUCAGUUAGGAGCACUAUAGUCUGCCCUUCACAGAGUUACAAUUCCCACAAGCCCUUAAACUGUAGCACUCAUACUUAUUUUAGGGAAAGUACGUGCUUUCAAAGUAUUGUGUCUCUGCAGCCAUACAACUUCGAGCCCGUCACAAUCUUUUUAGCGGUUUUGACUGCUAAAGUUGGUCAAAGAGGUUUUGACUGCUAAAGUUGGCAUGUCCUGGAUUUCUGGUUCUCGACCAUACCUGGACAGGUAUGGCACCUCCUUUAUAAGGAAGAGAUCCUGUUGUAAGUGGAGCAGGGAAAAAGCCAUUCUCUGUCUUUCAAGACUUCCUUAUCAGAGAGGGGCUAUUGCAGAAGUGUUCCGACUUUCUCCUGCCAGAUGUUGGGAGAGGGAGGUAACACCUGUCAGAUGUCUGGGGUAAAUGGAUCAAUUCCUCCUACCCAAGAACAAAAUGGCUGCAAAUCGAUGCUUACAUGCAUAGGCUUCCCCGGUCAGAGGAAGCCUUACCUGAGGUACUGUUGUUUACAUUCCCUGGCAGCAGCUCUCCAGGGUCUCAGACAGAGAAAAGUCAAUUAUUUCACAUGCGAGCUGAUUGUUCUAGCUAGGCAUGUCAGGACCAGAUCUGGGGACAUCUACAUUCAAAGCAUGUACUCUGCGAUUGAACUAUGGCUCCUUCCCUCAGGAGUCUCUUGAGGCCUUUUGCUGCCAGAGGCAGAAACCCCAAAUGAUCCGCCAAACCCUCCCACCUAGUUAAUACACGAAACAAGCCCCAGGAGAGUUCUGCGCUAUUAGAGCUGAUAGCUUAUCAGCCGGCUCCUGUGGAUCUGCCAUUAACAACAACAUGAUGUUACAGCGUGACCAUGUCUACAUAUGUAAAGGGAUGCCCUUGUCCACGUGUAUCCAACUGAUAUGCUCAGAGUCAAUGCACACAAUGGGGCAAAUUAAACUGCUGCUAUGGUGAAUUAAAACCAAGCAACAAACCAAAGCUUAGAAUAAAGAAGGCAAAAGCCAGAAUGUUUUGCUAUAAGAAUUUAAAAUUUCUGUUUUGUUAGUCUCUCUCUCUCUCUCUCUCUCUCUCUCUCUCUCUCUCACACACACACACACACACACACACUCCAGUUGGACUGGUGGCUUUGGGGUUAAAUCUAAAAGUCCAUAGGGAUAAGAGGCAGAGUGUGAGAGGAAGGUGUUGAGUGCCAGACAGACAUGAAUACAGCUCAGCUAGUUUAGAGUGGGAAGUUAGAACAGAAUAGCAGCAGUGCUGGUUAGAAGCAGCAUAGCUACCCUGGUUGAGAAAUUAGAGAAACAGAAAGGCAGGAACAGAGAGGUGGCAGUGGAAGAAAUGGGCACUGAAGGAACAGAGCACAGACUUUGUUCUCUGUACCUGAACCAAGCUCAGCAUCCUUUCACCCGAAACUCCAUUCCAUGUCAUCUUCCAAGCUUUCUUAGUCUUAGCAGCCUAAUUUAAAGGGGGCGGAAACCCUAUCGCUGUUGUUAAACAGUUGCAGAUCUAUUGCAAAUCAGCCAAAGGUAUGCUAAGAAAUCUGCUCACUCUUACCUUAAAUAAUGCCAGCGAGUACUAAAGUGACUACACUUGGUGUCAGUGCCUCAGGUGUGGAGCUUUUUCUGUUAGCGCCUUUGAGGAAAUCAAAUCUAGAUGUGCCAAGGAUGACUUGGGUGGAAUCUACGCACACAUAUAAGAACAGUUCUGAAAAGGCUUCUUUUUUUAAAGCGUUUUUUAAAAAAAUACAUUGAAUUUUCCAUGAGGCUCACCAUUGCCAUCUAGUGUCACAUUGUAUAUUGCACUUAAAACACACUUAAAACGUUUUAUUUGCAGCUGUAUAGCUGUCUCCUUGAUUAGGUUUGAGUUUGGUGGGGGGAUAGGAAAGAGAGUGAAUUGACUGCUUGACACCCCACACCCGCUACCACGAGUGCUCUCACUUUGAUAUGCUGAACUGGUAAGAGUCUCCCUCACUGAUCAGUACCAAAUAAAAACUACAGUGGUGCCUCGCAAGACGAAAUUAAUCCGUUCCGCGAGAGUCUUCGUCUAGCGGUUUUUUCGUCUUGCGAAGCAAGCCCAUUGACGGAUUAGCGCUAUUAGCGCUAUUAGCGGUUUAGCGGCUAUUAAAGGCUUAAAGGCUUAGGGGAUUAGCUGCUAAAAGGCUAUUAAAGGCUAUUAAAGGCUUAGCAGAUUAGAUAAAGGGGGGGGAAAGCGAAAAAAAAAUCUCAAGACUCGCAAGGUAUUUUCGUCUUGCGAAGCAAGCCCAUAGGGGAAUUCAUCCUGCGAAGCAACUUCAGAACGGAAAACCCUUUCGUCUAGCGGUUUUUCCGUCUUGCGAGGCAUUCGUCUUGCGGGGCACCACUGUAUUACCUUUCUUGUCCUGAAUGCUUUCACUCCCCUUCACUAUGCUUUGCCUUCAGGUGGCAGUAAUGCUCCUGAAUACCAGUGGCUGGAAACUGCAGAAGGGGAAAGUGCUCUUGUGAUGAGGUCCUGCCUUCAGCAGGCUUCCCAUAGGCAUCUGGUUGGCCACAGUGAGAACAGGAUGCUGGCCACUGGCCUGACCCAGCAGCUUAUUAUGAAAUUUCAGUGUCAGGGUGCUUGAGAUAUAUUUAAAAUGACAGGCAAGCUGGGUUUGGUUUUUUUGCUAACACCAAUGUGCUAAAACCAGGAUGACAAUGCUUAUCUUCACACAUGCACUACUUUCUGUUGUUAAAGGUGUAGGAGUGGAGCAGACCAGAGGGGUGGAGGCACAGAAUCAGUUGGUGACCCCUAUGUUCCAGCCUCAAAGCAGUAAUGAACAGGAGCUGCACAAGGCCGGUGCCAUCAUUUGAACUGAAUUUAUUACGGUCCCAGAUCAGACUUUAAUGAUAAACUGGGAUAUCAAAUCCAAACUCCUCCUCCUCUUCUUCUUCUUCCUCCUCUUCUUCUUCUUGUAGUGCCAUCAUUUAUUGUCAAGAGGUUUGUUCCCAGGGGAGUUUGUGUUUGGUGAGCCAGAUUGGUGUGCUUGUCCCACUAUCUGUCACCUUCUCUCCAGUUCACCCUCCUUCUGCCUGAACCCAGAACCCUCCUUCUGGUCCUCUCGUUCUGCAGGUGUGAUGAGCUACGUGCUUACUCAUUGCUUCACGUGCCUCGUACGGACUUACACGUGCAACAAGAAAUACCGGUGUGGAGGUAAGAGCUGAGAAAAGGGAGCAGGCUCAGUUUGGGGCCCACAAAUCUGUGGCAGAAGACAGGGCCUGGCAGGAUUGAGAUACAAGAGAAAGACGCCCGAGGCCAGUCUAAACGGACCCACCGGGACUACUUGUAAGUAAGAAGGCAGGCAGGAAGGGGAACACUGGCUGAGGGGAGGAGACGGAAGUCGGCAGGGCAGUGUCCCAUUCGCCCUAGAGGACAAGCUUCCACUGGGCUUGACAGUGGAAUACGGCCAUGUUGCCCUUCUCCCCAGGUGAGCUAGCUACAAUUUUGUGGGUUGGGGGGAGGGUGGGAAUUCAGAACUUUUGGGAGCAAAUGGGAGAGCUCCCCUCCUCCAAUCCAAACCUUGCAAUGGCUUCUGACAGCCAGUGGAGGGAAGUUGUAUAUGGCUAGUGUCCUCAGAAUCAAAGAGUUGGAAGGGACCCCCUAGGGUCAUCUAGUCUAACCCCCUGCGAUGCAGGAAUCUUCUGCCCAAGGGAUGUCUGUUUUAAAAAACCAUAAGACCAGAGAGCAACCAUAGGUUGUCUAUCCAUCCUUAGCAAUACCUGGGGAACAGGCUGAGCAGGCACGCAAGUCACCUACUCAGUUUCCCCCACUAUGGUGGACCAGGUUGUUUUUCUAAUUUGCAUCUAUUAUAUAAAUGAGCACAUGCACAUUUUAUGUGAAUAUGUGACUCUCUCUCUGUCUCUCUCUCUCUCUCUCUCUCUCUGGUGAUGCCCAAGUGACCACCCAACUCAUCCUGCCCUGAGAAUAAAAUCCCAGCUCCCAGAUUUCUCCACCAAGCCCUUCACCAAUCCCCUUCCUCCACCUUGAACACAAUAAUCCCCAGCAGGCUCCUUCCUUCCCUGCCAGUCCCAUUAGUACUUAGGUGAUGGCUUUGCUGGGCUGUAUAUCAUAGGGACUGUCUUGUUUUGACUAUAUGUAAGCCGCUCUCUUUUUGGCUCAAGAGCAGGGUAUAAACGCUUUAAAUAACAGCAACAACUAACAACAUGUCCCUGUAUAAGUAAAAAAAAGGUGCCUUCUUAGAGUGCUAUUUGUAUGUUCUAAUGGUUUUACUUGUGACUUGUGGGGCAAUCAAUGAUAAUGUUGCAUAUGUGGCGGGCAGUAGUGGAUUAAAUGUUAGGUACCUAGAAGAACAGAUUUUGGAUACUUGGAUUUUGCAGAAAGGAGAAUACAAGUGGAAAUGGAUGAAGAUCUGGUUCUGGAUUGUGCUCUGCAGUGGCACAAGUUUAGUCAAAGUGUGAAGAAAUACAUCUUCUACCGGGUAGGCAGUGCCUCUGAGAAGUGGCCUUCCCCUUCGCCAGCCCACUUGCCUCCCCAAAAAUCUACUGCCACUGACUUUUGACCUGUAACUCCCCACCCAUGCUAAGAGUUAGCUUAUGUGUCAAUCACAUUUUCAUGCUGCAAGGUUCAGGGUGACAUACAUGUGCCCCCUUUUUAAUGCUCACGACAACCUUGUUAAGUGCAGAGGGUGUGACAGGUGCCACAACCUCUGUGAGCUUCAUGUUUCAGUAGAGACUUGGGUCUCCUUACAGUGUUUCUGAACCUGUGGGUCCCCAGAUGUUGUUGGACUAGCCAGCAUGACCAGUGGUCAGGGAUGAUGGGAGUUGUAGUCCAACACUUUGAACCACUACACCACUCUGGACCUCACUUUAACAAGGAAAUAAGUUGGAGUUCAAACCUGUGUGGAAAAGAUAUUAUCUGAUGCUGAUAACGUCUAAUAUUUAUAACUCACCCUUUGUCUGUGCAGCAGGCACCCAAAAUAAACAAAACCAUAAAAUACACAACAAUAACAGCCACAGAGCACACUAAACCAACAACCAGCUAACUAAAAUGUCUGGGCAAACAAGUCUUAGCCUUGUGCCAGUUGGGCUUCUAAGGGAAGGGCCGUCUCCCACAUAACGGCAGCACACACCUCGCCCAGCGAUGGAAGAUGGGAAACAGCUUCCUUUGAGAAUCUUACAAUACGGGAAGGGGGAGGUGAUCCUUCUGGUAUUUGGGUCCCAAGCCAUUUAGGGCCUUAAUCAGAAUUUGGCCCAGAAACAAAAUCCCCCAUUACUAUUAUGGGUGGUUGUACAACCGUAGAAUCUAGUUAUCGAUUGAGGUUUGGGGUCAAAGGCUGCAGUGUCCUCAGCUGUGCAGUCAGACCAGGUUCAGGGCUCCGAAUCUGAUGCUGAAGAGCAGGAGAUCACGGAACCUGAGGCUGGCAGAUGGGACCCCGCUGAACAAGCACCCAGAUCGCCAGGGUCUGUAGGGCUAGAGCCAGGGAUCCUUUCACACACUGGAGCCGGAGGAACCCAAUGUCUCCUGCUGCAUCCCACCAGUCUAGUGCUCCAGGGAGCUCCCUGGGAAGGAGGCUAUGGAACAGAGAAGAUGUGCCUGUCUUUUAAGUUAUCCACAAGGGGGCAGAGCCUGGAAAAGGUAGCCUAGACAGUGGUGGAGGAAAGGGGGUCCGGUGGAUGCGGGCCGCCCUGGGUGUCAUCACUGAGGGGGGCUGACAAAAAUAUGAGUUUAAAAGAAAGGGCUUACGAAACUUUUUAGUUCAGUCAACAAAUGCAACGAAACCCAGCUGGCACUAGGCGUCACACCGCGGAUGCUGGCACUUAUUGCAGGGCCUGCAGCGUGCCUGAGCCACUCGUCUCUCCUGGGAGUGACGUGGGGCCUUGAGUGCCCGCAGGCUCAGCGCAGCCUGAAACGGCAGCGUGGAGUUUGCAUCUGCCCACCGCCUCUCCCUCAGCUGCCCUACAGCUGAGGAGGAGGCUGUGGAGAGGCACUGGGCACCCGAGCGGCUAGCUACACCGCUGAGUCUAGAGGCAGAUUCUUAGAAUGGCUCGUUCUGCUUUCAACUUUUGUUGAAGCGAGUUGUAUAGUUGGGGCUCUCUGUGGUGCUCCAACUCCCUAUGGGGGCCUGGCAUUGAAUUUGAACAUGGACAGUGGUGGGCUGGAGUCAAAGAGGGCUUUGCAGGGGUUCCUGUCAGCAGGAAAACACAUGCAGUGGUACCUCUAGAUGCAAACAGGAUCCAUUCUGGAGCCCUGUUUGCAUCUAGAAGCAAACGUAACCCAUGUCUGCACGUCAUUUUGAGCGUCUGCGCAUGCGCAAGCGACGAAACCUGGAAGUAAUGCGCUCAUCCUGAAGCACAUUCAACCUGAGGUAUGACUGUACAUGCACGAAAAGCCACUUCUUUCUCAAUGCUAGCAUCCAAAUGCAACCCUUCUUCUUAGGUAGUGAAAGGCAAGCUGCAACCGAUGAGCAGCAGUAUGGAUUCCUUUCUGGUAAAGAAGGAGGUGAAUGUAAAUGACUCGGGCAGAUACCGGUGCGAUAUGGCAGAUUUGAAGGGAACUGUUUCUAGCUACCUUGACUUCCUAGUACAAGGUAAGUUAAGUGAAUAUGGGGAAGAGUGGACUACGUUAAAGGGCUCAGAUAACAUCCCCCCAACACACACACAUACCACGUUCAAAGUACACAUGUGACUACAUAGGUUAGCCCCCCACCACCACGCCACUAACAUGUGAGAAGGGGUCUGCACACGUACUCAUGCAUGGAAGGCUCCUCUAUGCAAGGGGCAAUCGUCAGCCCGUCAUGAGCAGCGCAACUGUGCAUGCGCAGAGAACCCCUCCUCACAUGUGCCUAAAUGAGUAGAUGGCAGUGCGUGUUUGGGCGCCAGGGGCAUUGGAGUUUAAGGUUAUCCCACAUAGUUCGCAAGGCCUCCUCAUGCAUUCUCGGGAGGAUGUUGACCCGUUGAUCCACCUAGUCCCAAACUGUCUACUCCGACUGGCAGUAGCUUUCCAAGGUCCCAUAGACUUUCACAGGCCUGCUGCCUGAUGUUGUUUAAGUGGAAAUGGAUAGGGAAUUUUCACCUUAUAUGUACAUUUUUAAAAAAUAAAAUUGAAGCAUUUUUUAAAAAUUCUAUUUUUUAAAACCAAAAAGUCUCCCAGAGAGGCUUGCACUCUAAAGGACAUGACACAAAAGGAAAAGGGAUAGGAAGGAAGGCAGGCAGGCAGGCAGGCAAAAACCCCCCAGGCACUAUUUCUCAGCUACAGAAUUCUUGUCUCAUCUGUCUCUGUCUCCAAUUGCCUGAUGAACUGGCUGCUGGUGAAAGUUGAGGAAAGAGCCUGAUGGAGCUGACUUUUCAAUAGAGCAGAUGGAGAACAUGCAUUUCACCUCAGAACCAUGUUGCCUGCUGUAGUUAUAUGGCCAAAGGGAUCUAUCUAGUAGCCUCUGUUAAGAUGAACUAGCUUUCGUUUUACUUUGCAGAGCUGUAGUACUGGCAAAUAGCCAGCAGGGGGCAGUUGAAACUCAAGGCAAGGUAUAGUAAGGCAUCCCAGAUAGCCAUACAUGCUUAUGCAGAAGUACGUCCCAUUCAGUUCAGUGAAACUUAUUCCUUGGUGUGUUUAGGGAUGUAGCCUUAUUGGACAAAUAAAAAAUAGGUUUAACUAAUUAUGUCUGCAUGCUUGCAUUUGGCUAAAUAAUAGUUUUGAAUAUAAAAUGUAUUUUAUAUUUGCCAUUUGAAGUUGCACAUACAGGCAGCGACCAUAUUGCACACAUCUAGUUGAUGCGCGACCGACCAGAACGGGGCGGAGUGGGCUUUUGCACACUCCACCGACAUGCGGGGGGAGGUGGCCAGGAAUGGAACCCCUGUGCAAAAUGGUCGCUGCCUGUAUGUAACAGCAGACUCCAUCCUAGGUCCCCCUCCAAACUGCUGUUUCCCUGUGGGUGGAUUCUGCAGCGUGUUCUUGACACAGUGAUAGUGCGCUACUAGUAGAUUCAUCUUGCUUUAUUAUUGGUGGUAUAAAAAGUUACAGGAUUUCAGCAGGAAGUGACAGGUUGUGCACUGAUUGGAAAUGAAGCAGUGCGAGCGCCCUGAAACUUUUCCCAGGCACAAACAUACAGGGAUUGUGUGUGACUCCCCCACAACAGCAUCAUGAGCACAUGGUAUCAUGAACACACAAUAAAAAGGAGGUCCGGAGGAAGAAGAGACGUUCUUACCAGUGUGAGAGGGAAAGAGGAUCGCCUCAUCUAUAUAUUUUAAUCUUGUUUUUAAGUUGUAUUUUAAUCAAUUGUUUUUAUACCUGGUGUUAGCUGCCUUGAGCCCGGUCUUGGCUGGGGAAGGCAGGGUACAAAUAAAAAUUUAUUAUUAUUAUUAUUAUUCAUCAUCAUCAUCAUCAUCAUCAUCAUCAUCAUCAUCUAAGAUGGCACCCAUCAGUCUUUAUAAGAACCUAUAUUAAAGUAUAUGUCUCUCUCUCUCUCUCUCUCUCUCUCUCUCUCUCUCUCUCUCUGUGUGUGUGUGUGUGUGUGUCCACUUAAUCAGGGAUGCCUUUUAAAAGGUUAUUUUAAGGAGUUUUUAACUAAUUCAUCUAGCUGAUAUAUUGAUUGAAGGACUUUCUCUUUCUAAUCUCUUUUCUUCAGUAGUGCCUGCAGUUGGGAAGACCACUUGGUUCCCCCGGCCGUCGCACACAACGAUGACAGUCCCCCUUGCCUUGGGGAUCUCAUCCAGGGCUCCACCCCCUCAAGCCGACUUCUCCGUUUGGAUAGUGAUUGGGGGCACAGGCGGGUUGUUUGUCUUCAUCGUUCUUGCAUUGUGAGUCCUGGGGGGCUGGGAUGGCAACCCAAGGGUGACUGGUAAUAGGUUAACACUAGGGUACGCCAGGCCCACCCCUCCAUCUCGAGAGCCUCUGUUCCCAAAUGCCCCCUUUAAGCUUGGAAAUGACACAAUGCCCUACUCAGCAGGCCAGCUGGCACCUUUGAGGUUGCACCACCAUCCCAGAGGGCUAAAAGACGGACAUAUGGAUAUAGACUGCCACCAGGUGUUUGUGCAUGUGUGUGUGUGGAUGGAGAGGUACACAUAGCAGUGUAUAAGGCGAGAGUGGGGAAUGCCUGGUAAACUCUCUGUAAGAGGAUCAGUAACGGCAGAAAAGCUCCCUCAGAUCCUAUCAAAAGGACAACAAAAAAUGUUUGAUUACAUUCCCGGCGGGAGCCACCUCAGAUUCAAGCCUUGUGUCAGGUCUGUUCAUGCUAAGCAGCUUCCCAGAAUCCUUUGCAAGAUAUUUGGGCUCCAUGACACAAACAUAGAGUUUCGUGAGUGGUCAAGGCCCUGAGGAAAGCAUUCUCUCAAGCUAGAAAGUUUGAAAUCUGCUGACUGAGUCUCUAAUUCUUUCUUGCUCCAUAACCCCUUUUAACUUUACAGCCUGUUUGCUUACUUUCGUCGUAAGAAGGGGAAAGAAGAUGAGGAAGAUGAUGACGAUGAUGAAAGUGAGAGUGAGAGUGGAUCAUCAGAACUGGUGGCAAUGUGAAGUCUCAGUCACACACACACCCCUUUUCAAGUUCUUCAGACACAGAUUCCUGCCCACAGGCGCUCUUAUAUUGUACUACUAGCUGGUCUACUUUAUUUAUUUAACAGUAAUUGAUAAAGA